AUGAAACCAGACAUGAGUUCUCUGAAGAAAUCUGACAAGAAAGCUGCGCUGGAUUUCGCAGCAUGGAGUUUCAAUGUCACUACAUCUGUUGGAAUCAUCAUGGUCAACAAAGCUUUAAUGGCUACACAUGGAUUCACUUUUGCCACGACAUUAACUGGGCUUCAUUUUGUGACUACCACCUUGAUGACCAUCGUAUUUCGGUGGUUAGGCCUGAGCCAGCCCUCCCAGUUACCAGUAGCAGAUCUAAUUAAAUUUGUGAUAUUUUCAAACUUGUCGAUCGUUGGGAUGAAUGUGAGCUUGAUGUGGAACUCUGUGGGCUUUUAUCAGAUAGCAAAGCUGUGCAUGAUACCUGCAUCAUGUCUUCUGGAGGUUGUCUUUGAUCAUGUACACUAUUCUCGGGACACAAAGCUGAGCAUAAUGGUUGUGCUUAUAGGAGUGGCAGUCUGCACUGUUACUGAUGUCAGUGUGAAUGCAAGAGGUCUGAUUGCAGCUGUUAUAGCUGUUUGGAGCACGGCUUUGCAACAAUAUUAUGUUCAUUUCCUCCAACGCAAGUACUCUCUGAACUCGUUCAACCUGCUGGGCCACACAGCUCCAGCUCAAGCAGGGUCUCUCCUGCUGGUAGGGCCAUUUGUAGAUUACUUGUUGACGGGGCAAAGGGUGGAUCACUUCGUUUUUUCAUCUCUUGCUCUGUUUUUCCUCGUACUAUCAUGCUUCAUCGCCAUUGGCGUCAAUCUGAGCCAAUUCAUCUGCAUCGGGCGGUUUUCUGCUGUAUCCUUCCAAGUCCUGGGCCACAUGAAGACUGUGCUUGUUCUGUCCCUUGGGUUUAUCUUCUUUGGCAAGGAAGGCCUGAAUCUUCAGGUCGUCAUUGGGAUGGUCCUCGCUGUUCUUGGGAUGAUAUGGUAUGGAAACGCAUCUGCUAAACCAGGUGGCAAAGAGAGGCGCAGCGUGCUGCCGGUGAGGUCUGCGAGCCUCAAGGGAAGUUCAGAAGAAAAGGACGGUGCAGAGAAAUAA